GUGACAGAUCAUUCCCAGAGACAAGAAGGUAUGUUGUCGCGUUCCAGGAAUAAAGUAGUGACUAACACUACUAAGAAGGUCAAAUUUGAUUUUUCGUUUAAUACACCUCCAUCUUCUAUCUGUGAGAAUAUUUUAGAAAUUAAUAUCUCUCCAAAGAAUUUUACUAACAUUAAUCAGGAUUUUUUAUCGCCACGUGAUGGUUGGUUUAUCAAUCUUUCCUCUGUUAAUAUUCCGACUCAGGUUAUUAGUUUAUUACAACUAGGUGAAGGUUUUAGUUUACCUCCACAAUGGAAUGAUUCGUUGACUAUCAACUUCAUCAAAUAUUUAGAAAAUAAUUUACGUGGUUUCCCUCUUCCAGUUAAGAUGGAGUUUAGAAAUCAGUUUGUCUCUAUAUUAUCCAAGGUUUCAAUAAAAAAAGAAAAACGUUCUAAUUUGAACUCUGACAUUUUGUCUGCUCUUUCAGCCACAAAAACGUUCUUAAGUAACAACAAGGAUAUUUUGUUCACUAAAGCCGACAAAGGAAAUAUGGUAGUUGCACUAGACAGGAAUAUUUAUGUUAAAAAAAUGACUUCGCUUCUUUCUGAUGACAGUACUUAUAUCGAGUUAAAGCGCAAUCCGAUUAAUAAACUGUUAGACAGUCUACAAACUUUGUUAAAAAGAUGGAGAGACCGAGACUUUAUUUCUACAAACUUAUACAAUUACCUUAAUGUCACAAAGGCGAUUUUACCGAGGGCAUACGGUUUACCCAAGAUUCAUAAGAAUGGUUAUCCUCUCAGAAUCAUUGUUUCGUCUGUCGGCACGCCGCUCCAUAAUUUAGCAUCCUUUUUACACAAAAUUAUUUACAAAAAUUCACCAUUGGCCAGAAGUCACGUGCCUAACAGUUUUUCGUUAGUAAAUAAAAUCUCGGACAUUUACAUUGAGGACUAUUUUGAAUUAAUUUCUUUGGAUGCAAUUUCGUUGUUUACUAAUGUGCCUUUGGAGUUGGCUGUCGACAGUCUUUUGGACAGAUGGCAUUUUCUGGAGAAGGGAACAUCUUUACCUCGCGAUGAAUUCAUCUCGGCAGUUCGCUUGGUUUUGAAUUCAACCUUUUUUGUUUUUAAUGACAAGUUCUAUAAACAAACGUUUGGAACACCGAUGGGUUCCCCUCUUUCUCCCGUUAUUGCCGAUCUUGUUCUGCAGGACCUCGAGAACUAUGCUCUCA